AACAAUGUGAAAUAUGUAGUUCUGUUCAGUUCAAUCUAAUGUUGUUCUUUUUCAUGUUGUCCAUUUUGUUUCACGUGCUGCUUUUUUCCCCCAAUGUAGAUACUUUGGUUCCAGUGGUCACAGUGCAACCUGGUCAAUCUGUGACUUUAACAUGUGCUUUUAGUAGGAGAUAUCAGAGCAACAUGUGGUAUUACUGGUACAAGCAGAGUGCCGGAGAUACUCUGGAUUUAAUCGCGAUGCAGCAGAAAAUGAUAAUCCCAAAAUAUGGGCCAAAUUUCUCUGCUUCAAGAUUCAGUGUAAUUCACACUGGGGAUAGCAGCAAUCUUACAAUUUUUUCAACAGUUCAAAAAGAUGAGGGAAUGUAUCACUGUGCUGAAAUGGACACACUUAAAUCUACGUGGAGUGGGACUUACUUAUCAAUAAAAGGAAACUCUAAGAGUACAUCGACCUACACUGUUGUUCAGCAGCCGACAGUCUCACAGACCCUGCAGUGUUCACUCCUCUCUGACUCUGAGAACACAACCUGUUCAGGAGAUUCCAGUGUGUUCUGGUUCAGGGCCAGAUCAGAUAAAUCUUUUCCAGAUGUUAUCUACACUGAGGGGGAAAAAGCAGAAAAUUGUGAGAAGAGAUCUGAUUCUCAGAAGAGAUGUAUUUAUAACUUCUCUAAGAACGUCAGCUUCUCUGAUGCUGGGACUUACUACUGUGCUGUGGCCACAUGUGGACAGAUACUAUUUGGAAAGGAAAGGGACCCUCAAAUCGAUAAAACAAAUGAAAUUCAUGUGGUGGUGGUCACAAUAAUCUGUUUGGUAAUUUCUGUAACUGGUAACAUUGUCUUCAUCUGCUUACAAAUACAAAAAUCUGCAUGUGAACGAUUGAAAGAAAGGUCUUCUUCACAAAGACGCAACUGUAGCCAAAAAGGAAAUGAUACUAAAGAUGGACCUGAUCUGAAUUACGCUGCAUUACAUUUCUCAAAUGGAAGAACAUCAACAGGAAAGAAGGGAGAGUUGAGGACUGAAGAAUGUGUGUAUUCACAGGUUAAAAGAUCAGUUUGAAUAUAUGUUUGUCAACUUGUACAUAAACUCUAAUUUUGAGAUUUUAGUGCAUAAUGUUACUGACACACAAUUAAAAGUUGUGAAUUUAAUUAAAACUCGGAAUAAAAGGCAGAUGUGUAAAAAAAAUAGGAGCACAUUUCAAUAUUUUAUUACGAGUUUGUCUUUAUAUAGUAGUAUCCUUGAAAAAUAAACCUGUUUGCUUCCUGUAUGCGUGUGGAGUAUAUUACGUACACAAAUUGAAAAUAAAAAUUGCAUCAUACCUCCAUGCUGCUCUUUAUUACAUGAUCAUGUUUUGUCAUGACUGUACCGUUUAAUGUAAAUCUAGUAUUAAUGUAAAUCUAGUCUUGGCUAGAUUUACCCUUUAAUGUAAAUCUAGCCAAGUGGUUUUGGCUGUAAAAUUUAACUUUGCUAAUUUGUUAUAU